AUGUCGAUACAGACCGACCAUGAGGGUGGGGCCAGAUCUAGGGCUACUAAAGCGGCCGCCGCGCAAACCAACCAAAGGAAACGUGCGGCGGGGAAGAAGGCUGAGGUUGGAACGAAGAAGUCCGGGAAGAAGGCGGAGGACAAGGGGAAGCAACCAACGGCACGCAAGCGUGUUUCGGCCGUGAAGAGCGAUGCGGGUGUUGCCACUGCUGCCCUCGAGCCCGGUCCUUCCGACGACGGCACCAUCGGCGGGAACGAAGACCCUGGGCGUGGCGGCGUGAGUGUUGCCGUCCGGCCGGGGGACAGAGAGGGCUUGGCGACUGGAGGAAAGCACGGCGAGGCUCCCGGCGACGACCAGGCCGCAACUGUGGUGUCCGUGGCAGAGGCAUCACAGCAGCAUAUGACGCUGCUCCCCCCGCCCGUGGUCGAAGUAUCUGCUGCAGUGAUAGUUAAGGAGACGAAUGCUGCGCACGAUUGCACGGAGGAGCCGAAACACGACAUUGCCGACGUCGGUGGAUCUCCUCCCUCUGGGGGACGCGGGAGGCGUAGGCAGAGGAAGAGCGAUGGGGAGGAGGAGUAUGACACCCCCGUGGCCGAGGACAUCCCCAUACGCGCAAAGAGGAGGCAGACGACAGCCAGCGGUGACGACGCCGGUGGUGCUGAAGGCCGACCUGGUCCGCGGAAACCAUCUAGCGGACGGAGGGGCAAGCAAGCCUCGAGGGGGAAGAGGCCGAAGCGCGGCAAAGAAGGCCCUGGUGAAGCGGAUGUUGAGGACGAGGGGGAUGGGGAGGAGGAGGCCGAGGAGGAUGCGGAGGAGGAGGACGAGGAUGCAGGGGAGGAAGAAAACGACGAGGAUGAGCAGGAGGACGACAAUGAUGAGGAGGAGGAGGAGGAUGAGGAUGGCGACGAGGGGAAGGAGGAGGACGAUGAGGAUGAGGACGAGGAGGAGGACGAUGAGGGGGAUGACGAGCCUGAGGAGGAAAAGAGUGAGGAGGAGGAGGAGGAGGAGGAGGAGGAGGAGGAUGAGGAGGAGGAGGAGGAGGAGGAGGGUGAGGAGGAGGAGGAGGAGGAGGAGGAGGAGGAGGAGGAGGAGGAGGAGGAAGAGGAGGAGGAGGAUGAGGAGGAGGAUGAGGAGGAGGAGGACGACGUGGAGGAAGAAGAGGUGGAGGAAGGGGCGGAUGAGGAAGAGGAGGAGGAGGAGGAGCCGGCAGGGAAAGGACGGGGCGCGCGAGGCAGACGGGGGAGUAGCACAGGGAAGGUUGGGGGCCGGUCUGGUCAAUCCCGGAAACGCGGGGCGGUUGACGCAAUGCGUGGCGGCCAAGCGGGCAAAUCGAAGGCGCGUAAAGUGAAGGUCGAAACUGACCCAGGUUGA